GGGCGCCACUGAGCAUGGUUGUCAAACCUCCGCGGAGCCUACACCACAACGGAAUCACAGUAAAAAAUUGAAAAUCGAACGAAAAAAAAAUCCCUCUCAAUUCCCGCCUUCGAUUUUUGAUUCAAACUUUUUUUUUUAACAAAAGUGCGUUCCGUUUUACCCAAGUGAUUUUUUUUUGUAAUUUUAAAAUUAAUCUGAGUAAUUUCUUAUUGGUAUUAGCGUAAGAUGUGCGUUUUAUGAGUGUAACAGUCGACGGCGAGGGACGUUUUGGCCGUGUCGUGUAUUACGUAACUGUUCCGGGGAAAAUCGAUACCCUGGGCGUAUAAAUAGCGGCGUGAGGUUGAAACAGCUGGCCAGACGCCAGCAUCAUGCAGCCUUCGAGGAUGAGAAGACCCCGCCGGCACCGAUGGCUGACCGUGUCGGUCUUCUUCAUCGCGUACUCGGUCUUCCAAGCAGUAUACAGCCCGUCAAACGCUUCGGAACCUAUCAAUAAGGCUGAAGAGGUUGUUUUCGGACCCUCGGAGAAACCUGAAGUUACGCCUAAACAGGGGACUACUAUUGAAGACAAGCCGAUAUCUGCCGCGCCGAGUACACCAGCCCCGAACAAGGACAAAGUGGACGAGGCACCUCCCGAGGGCGGCAAGAAAGGCAUGAAGGGCCUCGAGGAAGAUGAUGAACCGGAUAAGAAGGGACAGAAGGACGCCGGAUAUGUUGAGGACAGCGAAACGGACGAGAUGAGAGAAGAGGAAAGGUCUAACUGGAAAUCGAACCCAACCGUCAAACCUUUGCGAGUCAACUGCUCCCCACCUGCUAUUGAACAGUUCCCCAAACCCCUGAUGGGUCAGAACGCUCGCAAGCACGGCGGUCUGAUCGUGCACAUCUUGGUAGCGGUGUUCACAUUCAUCGGCUUGGCCAUCGUCUGUGAUGAGUACUUCGUCUCCAGUCUUGAUAGGAUCUGUGAAGAGUUGAAGCUGGCCCCCGACGUGGCGGGCGCUACGUUCAUGGCGGCCGGCAGCUCGGCGCCUGAACUCGCUACCGUGGUCAUUGGAGUCUUCUGCGCACAGGAUGAUAUCGGAGUAUCAGGCGUGAUCGGGUCGGCAGUAUUCAACAUAAUGUUUGUGAUCUCUGUCUGCGCCCUGUGCGCGGGCACGGUGUCGCACCUCAACUGGUGGCCGCUGUGUCGCGACUGCUUUUUCUACGCCAUCUCUAUACUCGUCAUGCUGUGUACGAUUGCUAAUUCUAUUGUUUCUUGGCCAGAAGCCCUAUUCAUGUUGAUAAUGUACGGCGUGUACUGCGUCGCGUUACGAUUCAACACCGCACUCGAGCGCUGGGCCAUGACGCUGCCGCUGCCAUUCAAAUUACCCACUAGGGAAGAACAGGCUGCUUUGGUUACAUACAGGAGUGCGGGUGGUCAGCCGCCUGCACCGGCUGCAGGUGACAGCACUUAUGCGCAAAUGGACGGACAGACGAAGGAAACGCCAUUACAGGACUCACCUUACAACCCGGACGGCGCGUACGACAACGCGGCGUACAACGCGGAGCCCACGCCCGCCUGGGACCCCAACCACGAGUGGGACCCCAACCGAGCCUGGGACGAUACUAUGCAAGCCCCAAUCUACAACGCUCAGAUGGUAGGGCAGCAACAGCAACAACAACAACAGCAACAGUCGACAACAGGCCAGCAACAGCAGCAACAACAGCCACAAGAUCAGCAACAGCAACCCGUGCAGCCGGCCGCACCAGCCUACUACAAAGCUAAGGAAUACAACCCCGAGACUGCCGUCGACCCUCUCGUUAAACCCAUCGGGGCUAACCACUUCCAACUAGCGUGGUGGUACCUAGUGUUCCCGAUCCACUGGUCGUGCCGCCACACGAUGCCCGACUGCCGCGGCCGCUGGUACCCCGUCACCUUCAUCAUCAGCAUGCUGUGGAUCUCCUUCUACUCCUACUUCAUGGUCUGGAUGAUCACUAUCAUUGGCUACACGCUGGGCAUCCCGGACACGGUGAUGGGGCUGACGUUCGUGGCGGCCGGCGUGUCCGUGCCCGACGCGCUCUCCUCGCUCGCCGUCAUCAAGGAGGGUUACGGAGACAUGGCGGUAUCGAACGCAGUGGGCUCCAACGUGUUUGACAUCCUGGUGUGCCUCGGCCUGCCCUGGUUCAUUCAGACCGCCAUCAUCCACCCGGGAUCGCAUGUCAAUGUUUAUCAUAAAGGUUUGAUCUACUCAACGCUCUCUCUAUUCUCCACCGUGAUCUUCCUGGUGGUAGCCACUCACGCCAACGGCUGGAAGUUGGACCGCAAGUACGGCGCAGUACUGAUGAUAUGGUACAUUCUCUUCAUCACUCUCGCCAGCCUCUACGAGCUCAACGUGUUCGGAUACUACACGCACCCCGAUUGUGUCUCUAGCUAUUAAAUUAUUUCAACUGGCAACAUUCUCUUUUGACGUUUCUUUUUGGCGCGCUUGUCAACUGUCAAAUGUGACAGAUGACGUUUGUGUUUUGACAGUUGAAAGCCUAAUGUGGAUACGGUGUUUGAGUUUAAAAUGCACUUCAAAAAUUGUUUCCUGUUUGUAAAGAUUAAGCCAUUUUAUUAACAUUAUGAUAAGUUAAAAGAUUAAGUUUUAGUUGAUUUGCGUUAAGGAUUUGUAGAUAUUUGUAUUUAUUAGUAGGGUAGUAAGGUUUGUAUUUAUUAGUGUCUGUUUUUAUUAUUUUCUGUAUAUGUACUUCAAGAUCAAAUAAACGGCCGGCCUAUGUUUAAUGAAUUAAACAUAUUAUUUUACAAUAUAUAUAGUUAAGUUUGGUAAAAACGCUAUUGUCUUAUGAUUAAAGAGCAUCGAUGUUAGUUUCAGUACUUUAUAAACGAAAUAAUUAUAUUACUCUUUAGGACUAAUUGGUCUUAAGUAAAAUGGUCACCGACUUUCACAAUAGAAAUGCUAGAAUUGAUUUUUCGAUAAUAUUAAGCGGUUUCAUAGUUUGAGCGUCUGUUUCUGUUAAGGCAUGCUUCUAUUGAUAGAAUGAGUGCGUUUUUUUGUAAAAUGCUUCUGUUAUUAUGAAUAUUUGUCAGUAAUUUUAUCGAAAUAUUGUCUAAAAUCAAAAUUUUAGUGGUAAAAUUACUCUCGAAUGUGCGCUGUUUAAUAAUGUAAAGGUUUUAAGUUUAGUUUUUUUUUAUGUAAAUAGCUUUGUGAGGCACUGGUGUUGCUUGCGCACAAAUUUCUGUUUUCUACCAUUGCACCUGUGAAAUUUUAAUUUCUCUGUUUUAUUAUAUUGAUUAAGCAAAAUAGGAAAGGUUAAAAUAAAUCACAACUAUCUCUUUAGAAAGUUUGUAAGUGUUUAAUAAAAUAAUGCAAAGUGGCUAUUAUGAUCUUAAGCCAAUAUUUGAAGAUAAGAACUUAGUAACGCAAAUCCAUGCAUAUUCUUACUAUAAUUUUUUAUUUAUAUCUAUGGCGUUUUGUCUGUGUAAAUGUGACGAAGCAAGAAAGAAUUAUUCGCUUUAAUGUAUAAAUAUCUUAUGAAUAUUUGCAUAGUUUUAGACAAAUUACAUUUUGGAACGUAUCUAGUCGCGUAUUGUAAUGUCUACUAUAAAUAAGAUAUUUUUGUUUGUGAUAUUAUUUUUAAAACCAAAAUGACUUAGUCACUUUCUGAA